UAUAAAUAGUUUUAUUUUCCCUGGAUUUGUGUAGAGACUCUGUUUUUUUUAGAGAGAGAAAGUGGUAGAGAGUGUGUGUUUUUAGAGAGAGAAAUGGCUCCGGAGAGAGAUAUUGAUGAUCUUCCCAGGAACAAGGCGAAUUACACGGCGUUAACUCCGUUAUGGUUUUUAGAGAGGGCGGCGACUGUAUUUCCUAAUCGGAAAUCGUUAAUUCACGGCUCCGUUGAGUACACGUGGCACCAGACGUACCGGCGUUGCCGUCAAUUAGCCUCUGCUUUAACUAAAAACUCCGUCACCUUUGGAAGCACGGUUGCAGUUAUUGCCCCAAAUGUCCCGGCUAUGUAUGAAGCUCAUUUCGGAAUUCCAAUGUCUGGAGCUGUUAUAAAUGCUGUGAAUGUUCGUCUAAAUGCGCAAACAAUUGCUUUUCUAUUGGGACAUUGUGCGGCGUCUAUUGUCAUGGUGGAUCAAGAGUAUUUUCCGUUGGCUGAGGAAGCGUUGAAAGUAUGGGAAAAUAACAGUAAAGGAAACUUUAAUGCUCCGCUUUUGAUUGUAAUUGCUGAUAAAAACUGUGAUCCAACGCCGGUUCAGUAUGCUCUUGAGAAAGGGGCAAUUGAAUAUGAGAAAUUCGUAGAAACUGGUGAUCCAGACUUUACGUGGAAGGCACCAGAGGAUGAAUGGCAAACCAUUGCUUUGGGAUAUACUUCCGGCACAACGGCUAGUCCUAAAGGAGUGGUGUUGCACCAUCGUGGCGCUUAUAUUAUGGCUAUGAGUAAUGCGGUGGUUUGGAGUAUGCCAGAGGGAGCUGUGUAUCUGUGGACUCUACCGUUGUUUCAUUGUAAUGGUUGGUGUUUCGUUUGGACACUUGCUACGAUUUGUGGGACUAACAUAUGUCUUAGACAGGUAACCGCUAAGGCUGUUUAUUCAGCCAUAGCACAUCUUGGUGUGACUCAUUUUUCUGCUGCACCGGUGGUACUCAACACUAUAGUUAACGCCCCAAAAGAGGAGACUAUCCUUCCUCUGCCUCGUCUUGUGCACGUAAGCACAGCUGGUGCUUCUCCUCCUCCAUCUGUACUUGCUGCAAUGUCACAACGUGGUUUCCGUGUCUUACACACUUAUGGCCUUUCUGAAACCUAUGGUCCAUCCACUCUAUGCACGUGGAAGCCUGAGUGGGAUUUACUUCCUCUAGACAUUCAAGCACGUCUACAAGCACGCCAAGGUGUCAGAUACGUUGGUCUAGAGCAUUUAGACGUUGUCAGUACAAACGACAUGAAACCCGUUCCAGCAGAUGGAAAAACAAUAGGGGAGAUUGUCUUCAGAGGUAAUAUUGUAAUGAAAGGUUACUUGAAGAAUCCGAAAGCUAACGAGGAAGCUUUUGCUGGAGGGUGGUAUCAUUCGGGUGAUCUUGCAGUUAAACAUCCAGACGGAUACAUAGAAAUCAAAGACAGAUCAAAGGACAUCAUCAUUUCUGGAGGUGAAAACAUAAGUAGUGUAGAAGUUGAGAAUAACCUUUACUUACAUCCUGCAAUACUCGAGGUCUCUGUAGUUGCAAGGCCCGACGAGCAAUGGGGUGAGUCACCAUGUGCAUUCGUGACGUUGAAGCCUGGUUUGAAGGAGACAGAUCAACGGAAGUUGGCUGACGAUAUCAUCAACUUCAGUCGAUCGAAAAUGCCUAAGUUUUGGGUUCCAAAAUCAGUUGUUUUUGGACCAUUGCCAAAGACUGCUACUGGGAAAAUACAAAAGCAUGUGUUGAGGGCAAAGGCAAAGGAAAUGGGACCAAUGAAGAAGAGUAGAUUAUAAUUAUAAUCUAAGUUGCGCGGACGAUGCCGCACCGUGUUGGAUCACUUGAAUCCAACACGCACCCCUUGACAUAUUUAAAGAGUCCGAAGUAACAUAGAUUAUAAUGGUCCAUAAAUAAUGUUGAAGUAUAUGUGUUUUCUCAUAUAUACUUCACUUAAUCAAGAAAAUAAUACAAUUCAA